AUGGUUAAAGAGGUUUUCACAUCAAGUCCUGCUGAGACAGAAGCUAGUAAUUUUACCUUAAGUGAAGAAAAGGAACAACACUUAUUUGAUUUAGAUGUCCAAGAUGAAGAUUCAGAAACAGCUAGUUCAGAAAGCCAAUAUUAUUCCAAAAUACGGAAGGCUAGAAUCUAUAUGCUUUUCACAAAACAAGAUAUCCCAUUAUUAUUCUUUGGUGGUUUAUCUACAAUAUUUGGUGCUUUAGGUCCUGCAAUAUCUUCCAUAUUGAUGGGUAGAGUAUUUGAUGUUUUAUCAAAUUUUACUAAAGGAAAAUAUAAUGGAUUUGGUGAAUAUAUGCAAGCCAUCAGAAUGUCAUCAAUGUCAAUUAUAUUAUUAGGUGUGGGUUGUAUACCUUUAGUUUGGAUAACAAUCACUUGUUGGAUGCAAUUUGGUGAAAGACAAGGUUUAAGAGCUAGAACCAAUAUUUUGAAAACUUUUAUGGUUAAUCCUAUAUCUUGGUAUGAUGAAAACGAAACAUUAAUGGGUGAUUUGACUCAAAUAAAUAGAUGUGUUGAAGAGCUCAGAGCUGGUACUUCAGAAGCUACUGCUCUUGUUUUACAAAAUUUUGUUUCUCUCGCUGCUUUAAUUGGUACAGCUCUUUAUUAUUCAUGGUCAGUCACUUUGGUCAUGUUAGCAUCUUCUCCAAUCAUUGUCAUUUUCGCAUAUAUUUUUGCCAAAUUAACUGAAAAGUAUACAAAUAACGAAAAUGUUGAGACUGCAAAAGCUGCAAAGACUUUAGAUUGGUCCUUAUUCUCUGCAAAGUUGGUGAGAUUAUUCUCUACUCAAGAUCAAGAAUACUCAAAGUUCACCACUGCGGUUAAGAAUUGUAAACAAGCAUUUUUCAAGUUAACAUUAGUUACAAGUGCAAAUAUGGCGCUUCUGAGAUUCAUUAUGCUUUGUAUGUAUGUUCAAGGUUUCUGGUUUGGCUCAACACAAGUUAGAAAAGGUAAAGUUGACCCAGGUGAUGUUAUUACAUGUUUCACUUCAUGUUUGAUGCUUGCUGAAACUUUAAAGAGUACAUUACCACAAAUUAUUACAAUUCAGAAAGCCAAAGUUGCAAUUGCAAAAAUUCAAAACUUUAUUCAAAUGAGAAAAACCAAAACUAUGGUUAGUAAAUUCAAACAACAAAUUGACUUAGAUGAUACUAGAAACAUUUCAUUAUACCCGGAUGUUUGUCAUGGUGAUAUCAAAUUCAAAAAUGUUGAUUUCUCAUAUCCUACUAGAUUUGAAACUAAAGUUUUGAAAGAUGUUUCUAUUCAUUUCCCAGCUGGUGAAACCACAUUUCUUGUUGGUAGAUCAGGUUCAGGUAAAUCAACUUUAAGUAGUUUGCUUUUAAAUUUUUAUCGUCCAAACAAAGGUAGAGUUGAAAUUGAUGGAUUCAGCGUUUCAAAAUUAAACAGCAGAUGGUUAACUGAUAAUAUAACACUGGUUGAACAAACAUGUACUUUAUUCAAAGAUACUAUAAAGAAUAAUAUUUUAAUGGGAAAAAUCGCUUCUGAGAAUCAAGAAGUCAGUGAUGAAGAAUUACAAAAUGCAUGUCAAAUGGCUUUGUUACAUGAAGUUAUUAGAGAUUUAGAUGACGGUUUAGAUACUAUUGUUGGUCCUAAUGGUAUCACAUUAAGUGGUGGUCAACAACAAAGAGUAGCAUUAGCUCGUGCUAGAGUUAGAGAUACACCAAUUUUGAUUUUAGACGAAUCCGUUUCUGCUCUUGAUAUUGUUCUAAGAGAGUUGAUUAUUGCUGCUGUUAAAAAAUGGAGAAAGGGAAAGACAACAAUUAUCCUUACCCAUGAAUUUAGUCAAAUCGGUAAAGAUGAUUAUGUAUAUUUGAUGGAAGAUGGUAUUGUUGCAGAAAAUGGGUUAAGAAAAGAUCUUGAAAAUCAAAAUGGUUUAUUUAAACGUCUUGCCAAUCUUCAAGAUACCACAGUGGAGAAAUUAAAUGAUGUUGAGCAAUUCAAAGGUUUUAAAAAACAACUUGAUCUACAUGAACCUUUACAUGAUAAGAUUGGUUCAAGAUUGUCUUCCCAAAUCAUUUCUUCAAUCAAUCCAUUAAGUUUCUUUGGUCAAUCUUCAGAAGCACAACCACCAAGUGAUAGACAUGAUUUCACUGAAAGAAAGGUUGAAAGAAGACGUAGAAAAAUUCAAAAACCUGCAACAUCUCCAAUUUCAGAAGGUCAAGAUCAAAAGGAUUUAGAAGCUAAUGAAGAAGAAGUUGAAGAUGAAGAAAAAGAUAAAAAGGAUGAAAGACCAGAUUUAACACCAAUUUUAACAAUUAUCAAAAAGAUGUAUCAAACAGUUGAUAGAAAACCAUUGUUAUUUGCUGGUAUAUUAUUCUCUAUUCUAAAUGGUGCUGUUAACCCGAUUUUCUCUUAUACAUUUUCUAAAUUAUUAUCUGGUAUUGUUCCACAAGAUAAAGAUGUUGGUAGUUCAAGUUAUCUUCUAAAAUGGUCACUUGUUGUUAUAUUUUUGGCUUUAUUUGAUGGUAUAUCAACUUUUUUGAAAGAAUUUCUACUUCAUUAUUCAAGUGAAAUUUGGAUCUAUUCAUUGAGAAGAAGGGCAUUCUCCACAAUUUCACAACAAAGUAUCUCCUGGUUUGGUGAAAAGACAAAUUCUCCUGCUGAAGUUUCUGCUUUAUUGUUGAAUGAUAGUAGAGAUUUAAGAUCAUUAGUCUCACAAUUUUUGGGUAUCGUGUCUACUGCUUCCAUUUUAUCUAGUUUGGGUUUAAUUUGGGCUCUCGUUUCUGGUUGGAAAUUAUCACUUGUUUGUUUUGCCUUAAUUCCAGCAUUUGUUCUUACAUCUGGUAUUUAUGCAACAUUAUUACAAACGUCUGAAAAUGAAUAUAAGAAUGCAAUUGCUGAAUUGGAAAAUCAAAUUUAUGAAUCUGUUAGAGGUAUUAGAACAAUCAAAGUUUUACGUUUAGAAAAAUAUUUCACUGCAAAAUUCAAUGAAAGAGCUGAAAACUUGAAAAGGGUUGCUCGUAGAAGAGCUAUUUAUACUGGGUUUGGUGUUUCUUUAACUACUGUUUUAACUUUUGUUGUUCAAGGUGUUCUAUUAUACUAUGGUAUGAGACUUGUUGGUUUAGGUGAAUAUUCUACAACCAAAUUGAUGCAAACAUUUGUUUUACUAUUAUUUUCAAUCAUGAGUUGUGUUCAGUUAAUCAAUCAAAUUCCAGAUAUAAGUAGAGGUCAAAGAGCUGCCACUUAUAUUUUCCGUAUUUUAGAUUUGGAGCCAUCAGAAACAGAAACUAUGGGUUCUGUGAUUCCUUAUGAUGAUUCAAAAAAUGUUGUUGAAUUUGAUCAUUUAGAUUUUGCAUAUCCAUCAUUACCAGAUAAUAAAGUAUUAAAAAAUAUGACUUUUAAUAUUAAAAAAGGUGAACAUGUUUCAGUUAUUGGUGAAUCUGGUUCAGGUAAAUCCACAUUGACAUUAUUGCUUACAAGACUAUUCCAAGUUCCAAAAGGGACCGUUUCAUUUGAAGGUGUUGAUAUAAAUGAUUUGGAUGUCACUUGGUUAAGAGAUGUUGUCUCUUUAGUUGAUCAAAAGGCUGUUUUCUUUGAUGGUACUAUUAGAGAAAAUCUUAGUUAUGGGUCUGAAGAUGUUAAAGAAGAUACUUUAAUUGAAAGUUUGAAAUUAGCAAACAUUUAUGAUUUCGUUAUUUCAUUACCUGAAGGAAUUGAUUCAAGAAUUGAUACCUCAUUGAUUUCAGGUGGUCAAGCUCAAAGAUUAUCAAUUGCUCGUGCCUUGGUAAGAAAACCAAAAUUAUUGAUCUUAGAUGAAUGUACAUCAGCUUUAGAUUCUGAAAGUGCUAAAAACAUUGCAAACUUGGUCAAAGAGAAUUUGAAAAAUCAAAAAGACUUAUCUGUCUUGAUCAUUACACAUAGUGAAGAAAUGAUGAAAGUUUCUGAUAGAGUUUUGACCUUAAAGAAUGGUAAAAUUUGUGAAGAAGGUCCAUUUGAUGAGUUGUUUUAUAGACGUGGUGAACUGUUCAGAAUCGUUACAGCUGGUUUCCAAAGCUAA